UGCUACUCCAUUGGAACAACUCCAUUGGUAACUCUAUUGGUGCGCGUGACACAUACAUUGUACUACGGCUCACUAAAAAGUCCGAGCGUUCCUGUUGGCCUUUUCCAUUGUAGAUUCUCUCCGUCUAUUUCACUGGCUUUUCCCACGGCGAUAAUUCCCCCAAUGGGAGGGCUAGAGAGAAUUCUGUUAUCUCAGAGGUCGACACAGCGGUGUUCUCUCUCGGAAAAAACGCACGGAAUUUCGACAGAUAACAAAAUGCUCAUACAGCUGUAUUGCAUGAAUGGCGGGUAUCACCUUCGAAUUCUGGAGGAUGGAACUGUUGAAGGCAAAAGAGAUGGAAAUGAUAUCUACAGUGUGCUGGAAGUGAAAGCAGUCAGUUCUGGUGUUGUGGUCAUUAAAAGUGUUGAGACUGGGCAGUACCUUUCCAUGGGUAAAGAUGGCAGGCUGGUUGGAUCGACCUCCGCAACAGAGGAGUCCUACUUCCUGGAGAACAUGGAGGAGAACCACUACAAUACCUACCAGUCGCAGAAGUAUAGUGGCUGGUAUGUUGGGAUUAAGAAGAAUGGCAAGACCAAGGAUGGGUCUCGAACCCACAUUGGUCAGAAAGCCAUAUUCUUCCUCCCUCGGAAGGUGGAUAACAUCCCUGAGUGAAAACUAAAUGUAGCUUUGCAAUGAAAUGAGAAGAAAAAAAAAAACCUGUGAAUGUUGGAAAACAUGCUGCUAACACUGACCUUAAAUCAUUACCUCUGUGGCUAACACUACUACACUAAACCGCUUGCAGAUUUCUAACAAUACUAACAAGACACUCUUAUCUACACUUUGCACAGAUCAGAAAUGUGUGUAGCUUUUAACUUCAGUUCAGGCCUCCUGCUCUUACUAAUUUGGAUUGAACUGAACUGAACUGAAACCUCACCGUAAGGAAUGAUAGCAUUAUUAUUUAAUAGAUUGUUGUGUGUGAAUGAGCUCUUUUUAAAUGGUAUAUUUAAAUGCUAUAUUUUGUUAUCAAUUCUUUUUUUAUAUUUGCACAGGGAAAAUAUAGUACCCAUUUUAUUUUUAAAUAAUCAAAUAACUCUCCAGAGUUGAAAAGUGUUGUUCAUCUUCUUCUCGUUAUUAUGAGUAUGGUGACCAAGGGGGGUAUUCCAGGAAGUGGGUUUUGGUAAAACUCUGAGUUUGUUCAUCCUGAGAUGAGGGAAACUCUGGGUUGUCCAUUCCAGAGAGAAAGGUAACACAAACUUUGGGUCAGUUACCAUGGUAACCAUGACCCCAAAAAGAUAUGCCAUCAUUCCAUGAUGACUACCUAAUUGAACUCCACCAUUAAUAGACUACAUCCAAACUCAUUGACUCACACAGCCAUUAAUAAAAGUAUUGCAGUUCGUUUUUGUUGGUUUGUGCCAUAAAAAUCAUCAUUUGCUAGCUUCAGGGAGGUCUGAAGCCAUGUUUUUUUUUCCUGAAAAUGAGCUCAUACUGGCCAUGGCACGUCUCAGAACUUCUAACUACAGAAGGGUGAAGUAGGACGACCUUGUUUUCUUGCCAGUUGCCAUGGUGACUCAUAGUAUCAGCUCCAUUGAUGAUUGCUUUUCAUUGUCGUCAGGGCACACACUUAACUCAAGUGGAUUUACUCAGAGUUGACUGAACUAACUCAGAUCAGCUGAAAACUAUUUAAAAAGAGUGUCCCAAAUCUUGGUUUAUCAGCUCUGGGUUCAGGGUUAGGCUCAGAGUUUGUUAAACCUGCUUUCUGGAAUACCUCCCCAGUGUGCCACUCAAGAGUUACAGGCUACUGCACAGCAUUUAGACCCUUUUGACACAAAAGAAGAUACAUAUGAAAUAUGCACCCUGAAUGUUUUGCUCCAUAACAGAUAUAGUCUAUCUAACUAUCUACCCGCAUUGGAUCAUUUGUUUGUUCUGCUCCAUCAAGUAGCGCUACACUAAUUUACUAACACUUGAUGCAUUUCAACAGCACUUGGAACACUCCAGAAUGUAUAAAAGUACAGCAUUGAUUUUUCUCUUUCUGUCAUGUACCAGACCAUAUACAACUGACUUUUCCUAAUCACACUAACCUCAAUCCGACACCUGGAAGGUUUUGUUUUCUCUGAUAUGUGUGAAUUCCCUUAAUUUCACUAGUUAAGUACUUCAGUAAAUUUGUAUUUAAAGAGUUACUAGGUAGAUAAUGAAGUUAACCAUGAUAAAUAUAUGUAUGAUGGCUAAAAAGAGGGAUCUUAUAUUAAGUUGUCUUGUAAAAUGUUUCUGGUGCAUCUUACAUUAGGUUGGAGUCUGAAGACUGAUCCUAUUUAUUUUCAACUCAAUAUAUCUUUGCAUAAAUAGAGACCUAGUGUCUCAUUAUCUAAUGUCCUGCCUGACCUGGCAGAUACAAGGAAAACAUCUUACACAGAGUAGGAGUGGUAUGUAUAAUGCAAGUACAAUUGCAUACAUUUCAGGAAGAAUGCAGACUACUUGAGUCAUUCAGGCCAUUAUAGUUCCAGGACUUAAAAGCACCGUUCACAAUUCUAAUCCAAUAGACUUUUUGUCAAGUUCGGCUAAUUGCUCCUCACAGUUCUCUAGCUGUGCGUUUAGUGUUUGUGUUCGUACACAGUCUUGGCUCUGUAAUUGGGAAACAAACAUAGAGGCUCAGACCGAGCCAUAAACAAUCACAGAAGGGAGCGAUGUAAUUUGAUUGGUCGCUGAGCUCAAAUAUUGUCAACUUUUUGUGAAACCGAAUGGUGGGCUGCAUCUUUAAUGGUUACUUCCACAUAACGUGUCGAUUUUAUUAGCAUAUCUUGAAAAUGCAGUGUCUGAAAAUAAAACUCUGCCAAACCAG